GACACGAAGAGCAACAGAGAAGUGGCUAGAGUCCCAAACGCUAAGGAGUAUGAUGUCAACAGAAUCUCAGACUUCCGAAAUGGACUUCCUGGAGCCUGAUCCUGAAAUGCAGUUGUUGCGCCAGCAGCUUCUGGGAGCUGAGGAGCAGAUGCAUGACAUGCAGACUAAGUGUAAGGACUUGUGUUGUGAGGUGCAAGAGCUACAACAUCAUCGCCGGGCCAGCGAGGAGGAGCAGAGGCGGCUGCAGAGGGAGCUCAAGUGCGCCCAGAAUGAGGUGCUCCGGUUUCAGACCUCCCACAGCUUGACCCAGAACGAGGAGCUCAAGUCCAGGCUCUGUGCCCUGCAGCAAAAAUAUGAUGCUAGCCAGGAUGAGCAGAAUGAACUCUUGAAGGUGCAGGCGCAACUUCAGUCUGAGCUCCGGCAGCUCAAAAUCCUCAAAUGUGCAGACAGUCAAAAUGAGAAGGAGUUGAUGUGCCGGCUGCAGAGGCUGCAGAGCCAGCACCAGUGCAUCAUGAGCGAAAAGGAGAAGCUGCUAGAAGUGCAGCGUCAUCUACAGGAGAAGCUGCGGUCCCACGAGGCAGAGCUGUACUGUCUCCGGGACAUGGCAGCGUCUUUGCGCGAGAGCGAUGAGAAGAACGUAGGGAUGCAACUCGAGCUGCAGGAGAUGAAGGGGCUAUACCAGACGAGCAAGGAGGAACUGGAGCUGCAGAAGCACAUGUAUGACCAACUGGAGCAGGACUUCAUGCUGUGCCAGAUGGAGCUGACCCAGCUUAAGUGCGCCCAGCCCAUUCCUGAGGAUACGUGUAUCAAGAAGGUAAUUGUAGUGCAGGGUGGUGUGUGCCCUUGGCACCUGCUCCGGAGAGAGGAAGUGUAG